AUGAGUAAAUCUUCAAUGCGUCGGGCACUGCCAGGCUUCAAAGCCCUCGCGCCAUCGAUAUAUUAUCAAGAAGCUUCACAACCCUCCUCAUCAGCUUCCUCCACCUCCUCUAUGGACAGCACUAGUGCAGAAAGCCCCGGUCUCAUUCUUCUCACCUCAUGGACUGGUGCAGACCCAAGGCACAUUGCCAAGUACACAAAACGAUAUAAUGAGGUGUAUCCAGAUACCCCUAUCAUGAUCAUCACGACAGUGAUACAUGAUCUUAUCAUCCGCUCUACCAAAGAAAAGAUUGCGGCGCUAAAGCCGGCUAUCGAGUUCCUUCGGAGACAUAAUACCGCCCAGUCCAAGCAGCCUGCAAUUCUCCUGCAUGCAUUUUCGGAGGGGGGUUCGAACAAGGCCGUCUGCCUUGCCCAGGCAUAUCUAUCUGCCACAGGCUGUCGACUACCCAUAGGUGCCUAUGUUUUCGAUAGCACGCCCGGCAAGCCUCGUUUCAAGUCCAAUGUCGCCGCCUUCAAGCGGUCAUUGCCCGCAAAUAAAGCCGUUCGUGCCAUAGGGCUCCCGGCUGGCACUGUAGUAUUGGGCAUAGUUUACGGAACAAUCACUGUGUUCAUGGGGGCCGAGAACAAUGUCAUCUCAAAGACACGAAAGGCGCUGAACGAUGAGACACUGUGGGACGUCAAAGACGCACCACGGACGUAUGUAUUUUCUGAGGCGGAUGACCUCAUUGCGUGGGAGGACGUCAAUGAUCAUGCUCGGGAGAGUGAUGAGCUUCUGGGGCUCCAGAGCAUGGUGGUUCGGUUCAAAGGGAGCGGGCACUGUAAUCACGCUCGGGAGGAUGAGGAGAAGUAUUGGACUGCUAUACUAGACACUUGGGAGGCGCGUGAAGCGCGGAAAACGCAGAAAGUAGCUUAA